AUGAAACAAUUUCUGUCGGCAAUGUCUGGUAUAAAUUUUCUUACAUUUGUUCUUGCCUCCCUGCUAUUCCAAAAAGCGACUGCUGCGGCCGUAAUCGCCAACCCAUUGACACUGACACCAUGGCAAAUGCAUGCCGGAAAUGGGGCUCAGCUCGAUGGUGAAGGCUGGCAAACAAACCCAUAUGAUGGGCGUUGGCCACAUGAUUGCAGACAUAAACACGGGAACAGCUGCAGUUAUAAAGAUGCUGAUAUUCCAUCUAGCAACAGCCCAGAUUGUCGUGACCCUCCUAACCCAGCCACCAUUGCGAUGGAUCGUCAUUCGCUACUAUGCAACAAUGGAAAACACCAGCAAUGUUACUAUUAUGUAGACUUCACAUACUUUCAAGCAUUUUUAAACGUGCCUGAUGACUGUGAGGUUACUAAAUUUACCAUUGACUUCGAUGGCAUGGAUGACGGUUCUCGUGUAUCUGUCAAUGGUAAAGUAAUUGCGAAUAGCUACGUAUAUCUCCAUCAGCGAGGUACCACUGAUCUGAAACAAUUUAUUAGACAUGGGGACAAUCGUAUAGUAAUCACACAAAUGGAUGAUUGUUGCUCUCAAAAUAACUUACACAAGGCCGCUGUCGUACUGAAUUCGGAUUGCCAAGCAACUAAAUGCGAAUCGGUUCCUGUUAUCUGUAAUAGGCCCACAAUAAUGAAUGCGCUAAAUUUCAACGAUAUUUUAUGCGCGAGUGGUGACUGCAACACGGAUGCAUGCUGUCUUCCAGCUAAACCGUGUGCCGAUAUGACAGAAGUUUGCGACAAUGACCAGCAAAACAACAAAUCUGACAGUAAAUGCAAUCCAGCAGAGAGGAAAAGUGAGCCGGACUCAUGCAACGCAAUAUGUUGCGUCCCGAAGCCGUCGACCACUCCAACCAGCUCGCCCUCAAUAUCUCCAGCUACAUCUACAUCACAGACAGCAACGCCAUCGAUUAGCUCGUCUCCAUCGUUCAGUACUACAGCAUCGCCAUCCACUAGUGGAAUUCCAUCACACAGUGCUACUGCGUCGCCAUCCACUAGUGAAAUUCCAUCACAGUGUUACUGCGUCGCCAUCCACUAG